CAAGGCUGACUGGGAAUAUAACUAAUCAGUAAGAGUAUGACUGAUCCUAAGGAUAUACCUUCCUGAAACUGUGUACCCCUGCGGCAACCUGCCCUCACCACACUAUCGCCACCUCUUUCUUCAGUGUCCUCAUUAAUUUGCAUAGCGCUUUGACAUCCAGAUUAGAACAACAAGAUGGCAUUGUCCACUAGUUCCAGGUUAAGCAAAGUUGUAAAGCAGAUUUACAUGGAACUGACACAAGGAAGUAAAGUACAGGCUAUGUAUGUUUGGGUUGAUGGAACUGGAGAAGGACUUCGCUGCAAGACCAGAACUCUGGACUUUGAGCCGAAGAGCGUGGCUGAGCUGCCAGAGUGGAACUUCGAUGGCUCCAGUACAUACCAGUCUGAAGGCUCAAACAGUGACAUGUACCUCAUUCCAUCUGCUAUGUUUAGGGAUCCUUUCCGAAAAGACCCAAACAAACUGGUACUUUGUGAAGUCCUGAAGUACAAUAGGAAACCUGCAGGUACUAAUCUUCGCUACAGCUGUAGCCGGAUUAUGAAGAUGGUAGCAGACCAGGUUCCCUGGUUUGGUAUGGAGCAGGAGUAUACCCUGCUGGGUACUGAUGGACAUCCGUUUGGCUGGCCAUCCAAUGGGUUCCCUGGGCCUCAAGGUCCUUAUUAUUGUGGUGUGGGGGCAGACAAGGCCUAUGGGCGAGAUAUUGCUGAAGCACAUUACCGAGCUUGCUUAUAUGCUGGAAUUAAGCUUUCUGGGAUCAAUGCUGAAGUCAUGCCUGCUCAGUGGGAAUUCCAGGUUGGACCAUGUGAGGGUAUUGAAAUGGGAGAUCAUUUAUGGAUUGCUCGGUUCAUACUGCAUCGAAUCUGUGAGGACUUUGGAGUUAUUGUAUCCUUCGAUCCCAAGCCCAUUACUGGGAAUUGGAAUGGUGCAGGAUGCCAUGCAAACUUCAGCACAAAGGCAAUGAGAGAAGAGAAUGGUUUGAAGUACAUUGAAGAUGCAAUUGAGAAACUUGGCAAGAGGCAUCAGUAUCAUAUCCGUGCCUAUGAUCCCAAGAAAGGACUAGAUAAUGCCAGGCGUUUAACUGGCAAGCAUGAAACUUCUAACAUCAAUGAGUUUUCUGCCGGAGUAGCAAACCGUGGUGCCAGUAUCCGCAUUCCACGGUCUGUAGGCCAGGAGAAGAAGGGCUACUUUGAGGACAGGCGCCCCUCUGCCAACUGUGAUCCUUAUGGAGUUACAGAAGCUCUUGUCCGUACCUGUUUGCUCAAUGAAACUGGAGAUGAGCCAGCUGAUUAUAAAAACUGAAACAUUAAUUUAGUAGCAGUUAUGUUUAAAUGUUUGUGGCCAAUUGGUCUCUUGGCAGUACUUUACAACUAAAGAUGUUCUACUUCAUUUCUAACAUUACUCAUUUUAUUGGAGUGGGGUCUGGGUGGGGGCGGGUGAGGCAAGGUUUGGGCUAGGAAAAUGUUUAAAAUAAAGGAAAGAAUAUUUCUAAUCAAAUUCAUAAGUUGACCGGUCAACUUUGCACCAAUAGGAGCAUAAAAACAGAAGUAAAGCAGGACUUUAACAUAAUUUCAUAAAUAGAAACUUACACUUGUGAUUGAAGAAACUUCUUAUUAAAUCAGGGUGCUAUCUUGUUUUCCAUUGUAAACUGUCUUACAAUGACUGUUAAUGUACAUUUAACUAGACUGAAUAACACUAGACUACCCAAAAGGGUAAAAUUCUGUUCAUAUUAUAGCCUUUAUAGGGCUCUAUAACCCUUAAUGUGUCUAUCUAUACUGGUUCACGUCCUAUGGUACUGAUUUUUACAGAGUCUUUGUUUAUUCCAUUUUAGAUAUUUUUAUAAUAAAAUUUAACAAAACAAUCUUC